GUGUAAUUGCAUUUUAUUCCGUUAGAAACUUUUGUGAUACCAUAAAAAAUUUUUUUUUUAUAUGUACAUAGGAAGCGUAACAUUUAACUGUGAUUGUGAAGAUCCAUUCAACAACAAAUAUUUGAAUAUAAAGCAUUUUAGCAAUAUAGAGGAAAUUAGAGAAGGUGGUUUAGGAAAAGUAUAUCGUGCAAUUAGUCUUUUUUUAAUCUUGAUAGUGCUACUAUUAAGGAACUUUCUCAUGAGUGAUAAUAUCAUCAACUUAUUUGGAGUAACAAAACUUACGUCAGAUAUUUUUUUGCUCGUCCCAAAUAUUAUUUGUUUAUUAAACUUGGGAUUUGUAAUUAGUUCAAAUGUAUAUUUUAGUACAAAUUUUUUCAGAAUCUUUUGGUUAAUAGUUCGUUGUCUUCUUGUCUUCUGAAAUUGAACUAUGAUGUGAAUAUAGUAUAAUUGUUACACAAUUAUUUUGGAAUCAGAUAUAUAAUUAGACCGAAAACAAAAUUUCGUUCAAUAAUAUGUAGUUAAGAUAAAUUCGAGAAAUAGAAAUAUAGAAAUUCUAAAUUAAUGGAAUUUGUGGGAUGUGGGAUUAUCUUGACGCGUAAUUUGAUAUAAAAACAUCACCAAUAUAGUCUUCAC